AUGUCAAUCGCCUCCAUUUUUUUAGGUAUUUUGGGUAUUCUGACAGGAAUUCUUAUGUGCUAUCUCGGCGUGCAUGCAGGUCAUGUUUUUGUUCGUUCGACAUGUGUUCGUCGUAUGUGUACUAAUUGGCUCGUGUCAGGUAUAAUUUGUGGUUCCAUUGGUCUCGUUCUAUCGAAAGGUGGUCACAGCAAUGGAUGGAUUCCGAUAAACACAAAUCUUUGGUCACUUAGUUUCAUAUUUGUUGUUGCCGGUCUUGCUUUCCUUAUUCUGACGAUACUCUAUUUACUUGUCGAUGUUAAACAAUGGUUCAAUGGUGCUCCUUUUCUUUGGUUAGGAAUGAAUUCUAUUGUUAUCUAUGUUGGUCACAUGUUCUUGGAGGGCAGCUUUCCAGUACAAUUCGAGGUCGAUGAGACACAUGUCAAAUUGAUGGCAGUCAAUAUGUACGGUGCAUUCUUUUGGACACUGGUAGCUGCUUUGAUGUUUCAUAAGAAAAUUUUUAUUGCCAUUUAA